AUGGCCUCUUUCCACUUUUUUCCCGAUCUGCCGUACGAACUCCGGCAUCAGAUUUGGCAGCAAGCCAUUCGACCAUCCGCGAAGAAAUGCUCCGGCAUACAGCAUUUCUCCAUCCUCCACAGCAAUAUGAAGUCAGGAAACACAGCCUCCAAGCCCAAAGUACUACCCUCAUAUAGAGGUGUUUCAACGUCUUGUGACAAACGAACGGCCUUCGCCGCCGAAAUACCAGGGGCCGAAGCGAUCGAAGCCAACCGGUCCGCGUACAUGUGGGAUGCUGGUCUAUGGACCGCUUGUUGGGAAUCCCGCCAGAUCAUCUUGCGUCACUGGGAAAUGAAGAAAUGGUCGGAGAAGAGACGCAAAUUCCUGUCUGACGGGAUAACGUUUGGGUGGGGGGAGGAAAUGUGGCGCGAGAAUCAAGAUUUCUGCAUUACCAUCAACGCGCCAUCUCUAACCACAAAUGAUGGUGGCGAGGAAUGGCAGCUUAUGGUCCGUCCAUACGAAGAUGCAUUCUAUUUCGACCCGUCGAGUCUCGUGGACGCGCUCAAACAACCAAGCCCACUCCCGUACGACGAUAAUUUGUUCGAGAUCAUGCAGCAACUGCCCUUCUCAGGGGUUAAUUAUGGCUGCCAACCUGUGCAGCACUUCAUUUUUGAUUUCGAUCCAAAUUGGCUCAAUAAUCUUCCCAGAUGGGAUGCCCAUCUGGAUAGCGAUUCUCCACAGGGGUUUAUCAUAGACUUGCUAUGGAAACUGGCAAGGAGAGAAACAGAGUUCCAUAUUUGGCUGAUUGAUCGCAGCCUUCGUCAGUCCAGUAUCAAAAAUGGGGAUAAAGUUCUCCCAACUGGUGUCGUGGACGACGAUGCUAGGGUAUUUUACAACUGCGAUGAGGAGUUUGUCGACCUGGGGAAGGCCGGAUACGAACACUUUGAUCGGCCUUGGAUGUUGCGAGACGAGAAGAAGCUUUCUGCCGCCUUGGCUAGGGAAGAGAACGGAUUCGCCGGCUGGUUCAUAUGGUGGCUGGCCGAAAAUCUCAACGAAACUUUGUCUGAGGUCAAAAGCUACCCCGAUAAAUUUGAUGAUUCGACGUUCGAGUCUUUUUGGGUGGAGGAUCAUAUCAGCAUUCUUGGUUAUAGGAGAUAG